AUGGAGAUGAUCAAACAAAAACAGAUGAUUUUGAAGUCCCUGUUGCUGAAGGCAUGGCGAGAAAGAUGGAGUGAUGUACAAUGGAGCGCACAAGUUAAAGCUGUGCUUCCCAAAGGAACAUCUGGAGAUGUGUAUAACCUAGCAGAAACCUGGAAGGGAAUUGAACAGGUGUUGACCAGUAUUAGAAAUACAUUGAUUAACCAACAACAGACAGUGUUCACUAAGGAGCUAAGAGAAAAGGUUGAUAGAUACUUGGUGGAAAUUCAAAAAUUACAGAACCAGCCCAUUUCUCCAAUUGGUGAUGUUGCAUUUGGUAGUAAAGUUUCUAGCUGUACAAUUAACAUUAUGACAUACAUGGAAGCUGUUCUUAACAUCACCAUUGAUAUACAGCCUUUUGUAGAUCAAGUUGUGCUUAUCGAAAGUAUCCAGAAAUUACACAGAGCUACUGUGUAUUUAGAGUUGAUGAGGGCCAGUCUGAUUGGUGUGGUGGAUGCUGCUGGUAGCUCUGAUGAAUUGAAAUGGGCCUCAUUUACUUAUCUCAAGCUACCCCAAAUAUUAAUGAGGUUACAAUCAUUGCCACCAUCUGAUGGUAGUAAGCAGGAUAAUAGUGAAAUAUUAAACCAAUCUUUUGAGCAGUUGCUGAGGUUUGUUCCUUUGCUGGAUGCUGCCGAUACCAAGUCACACUGUGACAGCUUACAAUAUCUUCUCCAAGAGUUGGUGAAACAUGGCUUGAUGAGUGACGUACAGGUCAGAAAGAUCCAUGCAAAAAGAACUCAGGAAACACAGAAGACUAAGUCUACAGACACUCCUCCAACCCAACCUAAUGCUAGCCUUAUACUAAGAGCUGAUCCAACAGUGAAAAAUAUACUCAAG